GAGGACUGCACAUGUGGGCUCGCUUCUAAGUCCUUUUUAAAAAAGGUUAGUUUAGAAAGACUCUGCUUCCUGAGACUCCCGCCCAGAUAUUUCUUGGUACAUUAUUUUUUAAAAAGUGCUCCAAUUUCUCUCGCUUAGAGAAAGGUCUUUCCUCUUCAAAUCUUUCAGGUUUUUGUGGGAUCUUAGUUCCCCAACCAGGGAUCGAACACGUGUCCCCUGCAGUGGAAGCCUAAAGUCUUAACCACUGGACUGCCAGGGAAGUUGCAUUAGGUGUUACUCUGGGAGAAGAAGUUGCCAAGGGCCUGAUUUCGGUGCGGAGGGACCCACCUGGGCCAGUGCGGUGGACGUCGGUAGGGAGUCCCGGGCCUGGCUCUAGUUACGAAAGGAACUAGAGGCCGAAGUCCAGGAAGGUGUGCAGGGAGAGAGCGGCCCGAUCCCUGGGCCCCUCCCCCGCCUGUGAUCUCCAGGCGCCCCUGCCCUUUGAGCCCGGGGCGUCUCGGGCGCUGGCACACACGCCCCGGCCGCUGCGGGGACCAACGGGGCGGGCGGGAUGCUGCGGCUGCUGGCGUCCGGCUGCGCCCGGGGCCCGGGGGGCGGCGGGGGCGCGCGGGGGCUGGUUCUCGGGGGUUGCGUGCGUCCUGCGGCGGGGCUCUGCGAUCUCGGCAGCAGCCAGAGCCGCCAGGCCUCCGACGCCCCCCGGAACCAACCUCCCAGCUCCGAGUUCGUGGCUCGGUCGGUGGGCAUCUGCUCCAUGAUGCGGCUGCCCGUGCAGGCCUCCCCCGAGGGGCUGGAUGCCGCCUUCAUCGGGGUGCCGCUGGACAUUGGGACCUCCAACCGGCCCGGGGCGAGAUUUGGACCCCGAAGGAUCCGUGAAGAAUCAGUGCUGCUUCGGACAGCCAACCCUAGCACAGGAGCCCUCCCCUUCCAGUCCCUCAUGGUUGCAGACCUAGGCGACGUGAAUGUCAAUCUUUAUAACCUUCAGGACAGCUGCCGCCUAAUUCGAGAGGCCUAUCAGAAGAUUGUAGCAGCUGGCUGUAUUCCUCUGACCUUGGGUGGAGAUCACACAAUCACCUAUCCUAUAUUGCAAGCGAUGGCAGAAAAGCAUGGGCCUAUGGGGCUGGUGCACGUGGAUGCACACACGGACGUGGCGGACAAGGCCCUGGGUGAGAAGCUCUAUCACGGGACGCCCUUCCGCCGUUGCGUGGACGAGGGACUCCUGGACUGUAAGCGCGUGGUACAGAUCGGCAUCCGGGGCUCUUCCAUGACCUUGGAUACCUACAGAUACAGCCGGAGCCAGGGCUUCCAGGUGGUCCUGGCUGAAGACUGCUGGAUGAAGUCGCUGGUUCCUCUGAUGGGAAAAGUGAGGCAGCAGAUGGGAGUCAGACCCAUUUAUAUAAGCUUUGAUAUCGACGGCUUGGACCCUGCCUAUGCCCCAGGGACAGGGACACCCGAAAUUGCUGGUCUCACCCCUAGUCAGGGUGCCUGGUGGUCAAUGAAUGUUUAUUGAGGGAAAGCGACAGUUCCAAGUCGAAGGGCAGGACCGUGUUGGGAGAAAUCCAUGGAGGCCUCUACUGGUUGCUUUCUGUUGUCAAUGAUUACCUCUCUGGACAACUCAAGCUUCAUCUUGGACAGGCUCUGGAGAUCAUCCGGGGUUGUCAAGGACUGAACGUGGUGGGUUGUGAUCUUGUGGAGGUUUCACCGCCGUACGAUCCUUCUGGUGAGUAAGGGAGACAAAUGUGAUCCGUAGGCAGCGGCUAGUUUAUUUAUUUUUUUAUUAUAUUUUUUAUUUUUGGCUGCGUUGGGUCUUCGUUGCAUGCAGGCUUUCUCUAGUUGCGGCGAGCGGGGGCUACUCUUCGUUGCGGUGUGUGGGCUUCUCACUGCAGUGGCUUCUCUUGUUGCGGAGCACUGGCUCUAGGUGCGUGGGCUUCAGUAGUUGCAGCACAUGGGCUCAGUAGUUGUGGCUCACGGGCUCUAGAGCGCAGGCUCAGUAGUUGUGGCGCACGGGCUUAGUUGCUCCGCGGCAUGUGGGAUCUUCCCGGACCAGGGCUUGAACCCGUGUCUCCUGCUUUGGCAGGCGGAUUCUUUUUUUUUUUUUUUUGCGGUACGCGGGCCUCUCACUGUCGCAGCCUCUCCCGUUGCGGAGCACAGACUCCGGACGCGCAGGCUCAGCGGCCAUGGCUCACGGGCUCAGCCGCUCCGCGGCAUGUGGGAUCCUCCCGGACCGGGGCACGAACCCGUGUCCCCUGCAUCGGCAGGCGGACUCCCAACCACUGCACCACCAGGGAAGCCCGGCAGGCGGAUUCUUAACCACUGCGCCACCAGGGAAGUCCCAGCGGCUACUUUAAAUUGUAUUAAUCUAGUUAAUAAGUAGAUGGAUGGGUCCCUUUAUGUAACUCGGGAACCGGCUGAGUAUGUCCUACAGUGAAGAAAAUAAACCUAUUACUGUACACCAUACAGAUGUGAGCUAAUGAACCCUAACAAAACCCCUGGGAGGCGGCUAAGGAUUGUUAGCUGGCCCACCCGUCAGCAGAAGAGAGAGAAACCAGCGUGCAGUUCAGCGAUAGGGCUGCCCGGUGCCAUCUGCCUUGGAUAUUUCAUUGAAAAGUGAAUUCUCAAGGCAUAAAUGGUAUUUAUUAAUAUUGAUAAAGUGGGGGAGUUAGCUGGUUUAGGAGAGAGAUUCAAAGCCAAUGCCAUCCCAAUAAUUUUAAUCUAGAAAA